GUUUUAAAUUUAAAGGUCCGACUUUUAUUGCGCAUAUUGUCACGCAUGACCACAGAGACAGCUUGAGAUGAGUCAUCAACAUCAUGGUGAUUUUCUCUAGGAUAGGACUGAAAGUCGAGAUGGGGCAGAUCAUUGCCGCCCGGUACCACGUAUGAAAUGCAAAAAUGUCUGGAGGGUCUGGAAGAUUGCAAUUUGUGAUGCUGCGUUUGGAUUCCAAAAAAAUCUGUAUUGCAUGAGCAGCAAAGUGAGUGUUAUUUUUGCUACGGGAAAAGGGCAUUUGUCAUGCGGUGUAGGCAUCAAGAAGCCCUCAAAAAAUCUCUGAUGCUAGGACAUGCAUCACAGACAUCAUGGCACAUGCAAAACUUGCAUGACAAGUCUCAGAAUCUCCCAGACCCAGACACUUUUGCAAUGCAUACCAGGUCGUCGAGUACCUUGGCAUACCCAGACACUUUCGCUGAUAUGUGACGAGUAUAGUACGCAUCAAGAACAUUUGUUGCGACGAGAGCACCAGAGUUCAUCUUGCCAACUAUUUCUAGUACCUCCAAAGCAUUUUCAUAUAAGAAAGUCCAACCAAACAUCAAAACAGGAACACCUCGUCUUGGUGACAGAGUUGUUGAAGGACAACUUAUACGAGUUUUCCAAGUUUAAUCGCGAGCAGCAGCCAGGGGAGCCUUACUUCACGAAAGCCAGACUGCAGAUCAUUUCGCGCGACAUCCUGAAGGCGUUGAAUUUCAUCCACGGACUAAAUCUUAUUCACUGUAGAAAGUUUGGAUGUUUUGGUUUGAUGUGCUUGUUGUGAUCCUCAUCCUUCUAGUAGUUCUUCGUUGCGACAUCCUUUCAUGUGCACAUACGUUCAUCGACGUCAGAACAAUAAAAUUGACGUGGCCGCUAAUCAUCUUCAAAAGCAACCACAGGUGAUUUAAA